UCUCAGUCAACAACAGUGGUAUUUGGUCUCUUCAAGUGAGAGUAAUAGUCUUUAACCAACCCAAAACUCUGCUAGUGGUGCUUCUGCAUUUUGGACCUAUCUACUCUCACAACACCCUUUGGCAUAAACCCUUUUAGGAUGUCCACAACUGUGAAGACAAGAAGAAUGUGCUACAUUCUAAUGGCUUCAAUUCUAAUCACACAUUUGGUCUGCGUAAAAAGCAAGCCUUUGUUUCUGCUUGAUGCUUCAACUCAACAAGCACCCUUCAAGCACUCUUCCACAGUAGCUGAUGUUCAAGGCGUAUCAAAACAUGUUUUUGACUCCACACAGGGGAAUGAAAGAAAAACUAUGCUGAAAUCAAAGGGCAAAGGGUACAAAGAAGCAUUGAGGGGACUGAGCAGGUUAGGGUCAACACCACCAAGGUGUGAGCACAAGUGUGGAGGUUGUAUUCCCUGUGACCCUAUUCAAAUUCCUACCAACAAUGAUCUUCUGGGUGCUCAGUAUGCAAAUUACGAGCCAGAAGGAUGGAAGUGCAAAUGUGGCAAUACUUACUUCAAUCCAUGAUCACCAAACCAGAACUUCUUGUUAUAUGUUUGUGCAUAGCCUUUGAAGUUGAAUGUUUUGGAUACAACUGAUUGAGAUCUGUGUUAAAACCAGCAAGUUUCUCCACAGUGAUCUUAGAUGAUUGGUUGCUAAUUAAAACUAACAAAUAUUAGAUGAUUUUGUUUAUUUUAACCUCAAGGUGUUCUUGGUUGCUAUUUUUCUGCUUUUCUGGAUUAAGGAAAUUUCGUGUUAAACCUUGCUUAGCUUUACAA